AUGUUUUCUUCCUCUCUUCUCGGCGGUCAGCUGCGGUCAGUGGUACUCUGUGCUACUGGCAUUUCAGCGGCCGCUAUAACUUCUUACUUUGUCUUUUACAGGUGGCGGAGGAUCCUGGACCAGCAGCGGAGGAUCGAGUUUACAACCCAGACCGAGGCCUUCGACGGAGCAGAGGAUCGGGAGUGGGACAUCUUUCCAUCCGUCCCCGUCCCAGAGAACCUGGAGGAACUGCCAUUCGUUCCACCUUCUUCUUGUGGACCACUUGCAAGAAUCUGGCAGUACUGCAGAGAGGUGGACCGGGCAAACAAGUCGUUUGCAUCCACAUACACAAAGUGGACGUCUGAUGACAGAAAGCUGGUGGAGGUGAAGCUCCAGCACAAGGCCGUGUACAGCGGGCUGGAGAGUGAGCACUGGUGGGUGCUCACCAACGACUUCUACCGUGUGCGCUCACAACAGCUUCCUCCACUGUAUUUUGCUCGUGCCAUUGCUGUGGCCUACAUCAAGAACAUCGGAAGAGACAUCAGUGAGGCAAAGAUCUCCCUGCGCACAGAAACAACCGAGUCAUCAGUGCAGGACGACUUGCUGGGAACCACAAUGUGCAGGACGUUUAAAGAGGUGUCUGUCGAUAAGGAUGGUUGCUUCAGGUGUCUUGACAGCAGUGACGCCCAGACCCUCGAGACACCUGCACCUUCUGCGUUCAGCAGCCCACGUCGACCACCGCCAGGAUUUUAAUCAGCUACAGGAUUCU